AUGUCACAUUCCAUGGCAAAGCGUCGAAAAAAAUCUGAUUACGUUCAAAGUAUAGAAAUUGCAGAACAUGAAGAUGGACAUUCAGAAGCACUCAUCAUCCCUGAUGAUAACUAUUCUGACUAUCCAUCUUCUGAUUCUGAAUCUGAUGAUUUCGAUAAAAAACAGAAUUCUAUACCAAAUGUCAGUUAUUCUAAAGUACUGGACAGCUACGAUGAAAAUCAAUCUAAAUUAGAGCCAGACUACAUUUAUUCAUGGAAAAAUGGAGAAUAUAAGUAUAAUAAUUACCCUGAAAAUGAAAAUCUGUUACCCGCAAAAACCAUAAAGUUCAUUCGUGACUCUUCUCUCGUAGAGUUAUUUGAACUUUUCUUUUCUUUAGAGUUGAAAAAUCACAUAAUUGAUAGUACUCGUGAGAAUGGUUAUAAUUUGACGAUGAUUGAUUUAGAUAUUUUUGUGGGUAUAAUCAUUACAUCUAUCUUCAAUCAACGAAAGUCCCAAAGAGACUAUUGGUCUAACAAUUUAUUGCUAUCGUGUCCUAUUAUAAUUGCAACAAUGGCUCGAGACAAAUUUCUUACAAUCAAGUCGAAAAUAAAAUUCUCGAAACUAGAAGAACAAAGUUUAGAUGACAGGGCUUGGAGGGUCAGAACAAUCCUUGAAAUUUUCAAAAAAAACGCUCAGAAAUUCGGUUAUUUUUCUACAGCUUUGUCUGUAGACGAAAUGAUGGUAAAAUUUCAUGGGAGAACUGUGUUACUCCAAUUUAUGAAGGACAAGCCGGCACGUUUUGGAAUCAAAAUGUGGGGAAUUUGUAGUCCUGAUGGAUAUCUAUUCGACUGUGACAUUUAUUGUGGAAAAGGGUCAAAUAUCUAUUCAACUCAUAACGACGUAAAAUUAUGUAAAUGUGCCUUGGGAAGCCGAGUCGUUUUAAUGAUGGUACAAAAGUUACUUUUAUCCACUAGCGCAAAAAAAAUUACGGAGUAUCAUUUAUACUUCGAUAAUUUUUUUUGUAAUCCCGAUCUCAUGAUACACUUAAAAAAAAUAGGUUUGAAAGCUACGGGAACAGUGAGAAGAAAUAGGGUGAAUAUUGAAAAUGAAGUGGACAAAAAAGCAGCAAGAGGUACUGUAUCAGUAAAACAUGAGGAGAAAAGCGGUUUGAAUUUUAUAACUGUGAUGAAUUCUAAGCCUGUCUCGAUACUUUCAACGGUCGUUGGCGUUGAACCACUAUCGAGUACAAAAAGAUAUUCGAAAGAAUCAAAAAGUAAAAUCGAGAUACCUUUUCCUAUGGCAAAUAAACUUUAUAAUAAACAUAUGGGUGGUGUUGAUUUGCACGACGGACAUUGCAGUAACUUGAUGCUAUGUUUAAGAGCCAAAAAAUGGACUUGGGCAAUGUUCCUGCGCCUAAUCCAGUCAUCUCUUACGAAUGCGCUUGUCCUUCAUAAUUUAUCGAGCAUUGAGAAAAAAAUUGGUUCAAAAGACAUUGCUCUGGCAAUUGCUGAAAAAUAUUUAGCUAAAAAAACCGACGAACGACUUAAAUGUCAUAUAAAGACAUCAACUAAACAUAGAAGAAAUUGUGUCAAUUUUAAAAAAUGCUCAAAGAGAACAACAAUUAUGUGUAUUGAUUGCAAAGAUUACUUUUGUGGCACCUGUUUCGAUUUGAAUCAUAAUAAUUAUUGA